AUGGAACUGACCCUGCAUAAGAUUUUCGGUGUGAGUAAACAAGUCCUGUCCAUUUGGACUAACAAAGUGCUGUUGUUCCAGAUCGUCACCCUAGCUUUGGUAGCAGUGGUUGUCGCCAAGCCAGGAUACGGUGGUGGAUACCACGAUGACGAUGACUUCAGCCACGGAGCGGCCUGGUUACCGGUGGAGGCUCUGUCGGGGCUGGACACGGCGUUGGAGGUCACGGUGUCGAUCACGGCGUCGGUGAGCACGGCGCAGGACACGGCGUUGGAGUUCACGCUGUCGGUCACGGCGUCGGUGAGCACGGCGCAGGACACGGCGUUGGAGGUCACGGUGUCGGAGGUCACGGCGUUGCACACACUGGCGAAGAUUUCGCCUUCGGUCACGGUCACGGUGGACACAGCAGUGAGAGCUUCGAGCACGGUGCAUACGAUCAUAGCGGAGAGGAAUUCGGCCACCAUAGCCACGGGCAUUGAUCGGAUGAUAGAA